AUGGACAUCGUUACGUACCACCUGUUCAUACUGUUCCGCCCUUCCCCGUUCCCCCGUGUCCGCGUGUCCCGUACGUCGGCUUCUUGUUCCCGCUCUUCCAAAACCCCACAAAAUCCGUUCCCUGUCUCUUCGCUUCCCCGUCUCUCUCUCUCGUUGCCCACUGCGUCGGCAUCCCUCUUCUCUCUCCGUCUCCGUCCGUCCCCAUUCCCGCUCCGUGACCGCGACCGCGCCUCUCGUACGUCCCGUUCCCGUCCCCGUCUCGACCAGCCUCCCGACCGUACUCCCGACCGCACCAGCACGUCUACGCUCCCGCCCCCUCCACUGUCCCCGUCCCCUCACCCACCCCCACUCUGCUUCUCCCCCGGUCUCCCUCGGCCUGGGCCUAGCCCACUCGAAAAGAACGCCCUCGGGCAACGCGAUGCGUUCGAGGUCGUUCGCUCGCUCGUGCGUUCGCCGUCGACACCCGGGGCGGUCACGGGUGCAGCGCGUGACGUCGCCGUCGACUUGGACCGUGCGGCGUCCGUUUUGGGCGAUGCGUGCACGAUGCUCCCCCGACACAACAACCCCCACGGCCUGCCCGCGCGCCCUGACUUUGCCCAAAAUGCACCUCCCCCUCCUCCCCUUCUUCCUCAGCAGCAGCAGCAGCAGCGUCCACAACGGCAGACUCAGAAUAACCCCGCCGCGCUCGCGCAGGCACUGACCAGCGCGCUCGCGAACCCCUACGGCGCCGCGCAGUACCAGGCGCCGCACUAUGCGCAGGCAUAUGCGCAAUACUACGCAGCGGGGAACGCAGGCGCGGGUGCGGGUGUGGGCGCGGGUGCGGGUGCGUUCGGGCAGGGGUACGCCCAGCAAGGUUCGCCGGCGUCGUUCAGCGCGCCAGGGCCGUCAAAUGCGACCGCGGGUGCAGGCGCGGUCGGCGCGAGAGGCCGUGGGCGCGGAGGGGGCGCGAGUCGAGGGCACCAGCAGCAGCAGCACCAACAGCAACAGCAACAGCAACAGCAAACGCAGGCGCACUGGUACGCGCCGGGGAGCAGCCGCUGCGCGCACCCCGGGUGCGGGUUCGCGGGCGCGCCGAAGGCGGUGGAGGUGCAUAUGAUGGACCGGCACCUCGUGUACCCCGCGGGGUGGGACCGGCGCAAGCGCGCGGGUGAAUGGGACGCGGACCCCAGCCUCAAAGGGAAGCCGAUCGUGAUCCAGGGCACGAACGUCGCGCUCGACACGCCCGAGGAGAUCGCGCGCUGGCUCGCGGAGCGCAGGCGCCGCUGGCCGACGGACGCGCGCGUCGCGGAGAAGAAGCGAAAGCUCGACGACGCGAUCGCGCGCGGGCAGAUGCACCCGGAUGACCCCGCCCUGCGCGGCCACAAGCGCCGCAGGCUCGAUGGCGGACCCGACAGGCAACAGCAGCAGCCGGACGCGGGCUGGGGAGAGCAGCGGGGCAGGGGGCGUGGGCGCGGUAGGGGACGCGGCGAGCCGAGGGCGCGCGGGCGAGCAAGAGGCGGGCGUGGGGGUGCGUCGACGGAGAGCGCACGAGGCCCGCCGCCCGACCCGCCCGCUGGCCCUUCCUCGUCGUCGGGCUCGGAGUCUGACGAAGACUCGGGCGACGACGGCGCGCCAGAGGCCGUCUCCUCCAAGGCGCCACCGGGUCUAGUCGACCACGCCCCGCCGUCUGCGUCGUCCCCCGCCCCCGAGGAUGCGGACGAGGACGCGGGCGACGCGGGCGACGCCGUCGCACCCGUCCCUGUCCCCACUCCCGACGAGCCGUCGCCUGUCGAGUCGGCCCUCGACGCGCCCGCGCCCGCGCCCGCUCCGACCGCCCACCCGCCCCUCAAACCCCUCCGCAAACCCCUCCCUCCGCAGCCCAAGCGGCCUCCCCGCAACCCCUUCGAGGCCCGGCCCUCGCUCCUGCGAAACCUCCUCCUCCCCGAGAUCCGCAUGACGGUGUCCAACCUCUCGCAGGCCAUCCACUUCCUCGUCUCCAACGACUUUCUCGAGAACGUAGAGACGCGGCCGGGCGAGGCGGACGAAAAGAUGAUCGAGGUCAUCGGCGAGAAGCCCACGGCGGAAGACAGCGCUCCUUCGUCACAGACGCCCUCCAUCCCAUCUCUCGAGUAG